UCCGUUCUUUUACGGGUAUAAGAUCCCGGUCUCUGUUAAUCAUGAGCCCUCACCACUUGACUGCGAAUUCUCUUCAUCUCUCUUGAGACAGAAUGGCUAUCUUCAAGUAUAUUCCUGGUGUUAUGCUCUUUGCUCUCUUGUCCUUUUCUCUCUGUAAUGCUCAUCCAGGUCUCGGGUUUGGGUGGGGAAGUAAUGACCCAUCGGGGGGAACUUUUUCUUUGGGUCUGUACCCUCAGUUUUACCAGUUCUCUUGCCCGCAAGUCGACGAGAUUGUCAUGACGGUAUUGGAGAAAGCCAUAGCAAGGGACUCGAGAAUGGCGGCAUCAUUACUCAGACUUCACUUCCACGACUGCUUUGUGCAGGGCUGUGAUGCAUCGAUCUUGUUGGAUGACAGUGCCACCAUAAGGAGCGAGAAGAACGCGGGACCAAACAAGAAUUCCGUAAGAGGGUUCGAAGUUAUCGACGAGAUUAAGGCAAAACUGGAGGAAGUCUGCCCUCAAACUGUGUCCUGUGCCGACAUAGUCGCCCUUUCUGCUCGUGGGUCUACCAUUCUGAGCGGUGGACCGACAUGGGAGCUUCCUCUCGGUAGGAGAGACUCGAGGACCGCAAGCCUAAACGGAGCAAAUACAAACAUUCCUCCACCGAACUCAACUAUCCAGAAUCUUGUAACCAUGUUCCAAGCCAAGGGUUUGAACGAAGAAGACCUCGUCGCCUUAUCAGGAGGACAUACAAUCGGGGUAGCGAGAUGCACAACGUUCAAACAACGUCUCUACAACCAAAACGGAAACAACCAACCGGACGAAACCUUAGACAGAUCGUAUUACUACGGUCUGAAAUCGAUCUGUCCUCAAACCGGAGGCGAUAACAACAUCUCUCCCUUAGAUUUCGCCUCUCCGGCAAGAUUCGACAACACAUACUUCAAGCUUAUCCUAUGGGGCAAAGGCCUUUUGAUGUCGGACGAAGAGCUUCUCACCGGAAACAAUGGCAAGACCGGCCAACUGGUGAAGGCUUAUGCAGAAGACGAAAGCUUCUUCUUCCAGCAAUUCGCCAACUCCAUGAUCAAUAUGGGAAACAUUUCACCCCUUACGGGAUCUUAUGGUGAAAUCAGAAAGAAUUGUCGCUUUAUUAAUUAAUGAAUCUUGAAUGUUAUUAUCAGUAUUUUAUAUGCACUAAUGAUAAUAUAUGGUUUGCUGUUAUUGUUGUUAUUAUUAUUUUGUGAUGAUUUUAUAAGAGCUGUAGUGUCUUGAAUGAUAUUGGUCUCUGAUUGUUAUGAUCGUUCA